GUAUUUACUAGCGUUUAUCGAGGAGUGACAAUUGCAUUACAAAUCAUUGUUAAACUUUAUUUAACACCACAAUACUAUUGACUGUGAGUUCGUUUACACCCUGGUGUGUGGUAAGCGAGAUAAUAGGGUGCAUUUUCCUUCGAGAGAAUUCUCAUUGAACCAGGAUGAAAAAGCUGAGAAGUCGUUACUAAUCAUAAUUUAAAGCAGCCAUGACAAUUAGAUGGCAUUGGUGGACGAUAUUAAUAUUUAACUUGAUAUCCCUAAUCUAUUCACUCCAGUCUCUAGAUGCAAACAGUGUCAGGGUAGAUUCAGAUGGGUCCGUGAAGGUUAAAGUGAAUGGCGUUGAAGGUAGAAUCUGUGCUACAGACUGGGAUGAUAGAGAUGCAGAGGUGCUGUGUCAAGGACUCGGCUGGUCAAACAGUGCUGCGUACAAUAGUUCGGGGGAUUCAAAUAUACCAACUCUAGCAACUGGAUUUGACUGUCAAGGAUCUGAAGCUAGAUUAGAAGACUGCAGUUAUUCUGUUGUUGGCGAUAAUGGUUCUACAUGCAGACCUUAUAGCAGUACCUACAAUUCAGCUUUUGCUUAUUGUUAUAAUCAGUCCAGUGAAGUUAUAUUUUCACUGGAGCACGGUAACUAUGGACGAGUCCUGGUGACCAAGGAUGGAUAUGAGAGAUAUUUGUGCCUUGAUGGAUAUUUUUCUUAUUCUUCUGGAGAUGUUUUAUGUAGAGGUAUGGGAUACCGUAGUGGGCGAGACUACCCAUAUUCUGAUGAACUUCAAAUCACUGCAGUUACCGCGUGGUGGAAGAAUACAUUCAAUUGUGGAGGUUCGGAGCCCAGCUACUCGGCGUGUAUCCGUUCAACUUGGGAAAGUCGCACUGGACCCGUUUCCUCCUCAGACCAAUGUGUAUACAAUACACCCUCAGCCUUCUGUUAUGGAACAGCUCGGCUUCACACUCCCUAUAGAAACUCUAGUGGCGUUCUUGGAAUAUAUCAUGCUGAACAAUAUCGAGGAGUAUGUGCUGACGGAUUUGAUCAAAAUGCUAUAAAUGUGGUUUGUAACAGUUUGGGUUUCCAGGGUGGUCAGCUUGGUAGGGAUAGCUACUACAAUGGUUCACCGUAUGGAAUCCGCAUUAGCAACGUUUCCUGCACAGGAACAGAGAAAUCAUUUGAUCAAUGUACCUACCAGUAUUCUGAAAACCAGAUAAAUUCCUGCUCAGAAAAAGUCGUCCUGUCUUGUUUAGACCCAAAUGACCCCGAUAGUUCACUACCCGAUGGAUCAAUAAAAUUAGAUGACAUGGACAGGGUAUUAAUAAAGCAGUAUGGUAUGUGGGGUACCAUUUGUUAUGAUGGUUGGAAUGAUGUCAACGCUGAAUUAGCUUGUAAACAACUGGGAUAUGACAAAGGCUCAUCACUAAAGAUCCAACUGGACAAUUAUAAACCAAGAUUUUAUAAAAAUAUGAAUUGUAAUGGAUCUGCGACGUCUUUAGAUGAGUGCAGUAAGGAAAUAGUUACUGGGUAUUGUUAUUACACCUUUGAUUCGGGCGCCUACUGCUAUAAUGCUAGCUCAUCUGCUCCAAGUUUUUCUCUCAUCGAUGGAAAUUCUACCAAUGCCGGAAAAGUUCAAAUAACAAUAGAGGGCGAAACUCGCUACUUAUGUGACACAAGUGGAUAUUUCAACUAUGAAGAAAGCAAUCUGGUCUGUAGAAAUCUAGGCUUUAAAACCGGACAGGAGUACAAAGAAAUCGAAACCCACCAGUUUCCAUAUGGUGCACCGUUCUGGUCAAAUAAUGUAAACUGUCAAAAUCGAGUCGAUUUUGUUGAUGCCUGUACAACUGGACCUUGGAUUAAAGAAACAAAUAAUGGUCAAACAACGUGCAAUUACAAGGUCCCUGUCGUGUUCUGUUAUGGAAUCGCACGGCUUCACACUCCAUUCAGAAACUCCAGUGGCGUUCUUGGAAUAUAUCAUGCUGAACAAUAUCGAGGAGUAUGUGCUGACGGAUUUGAUCAAAAUGCUAUAAAUGUGGUUUGUAACAGUUUGGGUUUCCAGGGUGGUCAGCUUGGAAGGGAUAGCUACUACAAUGGUUCACCGUAUGGAAUGUAUAUUAGCAACGUUUCCUGCACAGGAACGGAGAAAUCAUUUGAUCAAUGUACAUACCAGUAUUCGGAAAACCAGGUCAAUUCCUGCUCAGAAAAAGUCGUCCUGUCUUGUUUUGAUCCAAAUGAUCCAGAUAGUUCACUGCCUGACGGAUCUAUCAAAUUCGGUCAACAGAACAGAAUAUUAAUAAAGCAGUAUGGUACGUGGGGUACUAUCUGUUAUGAUGACUGGGAUGAUAAGGAUGCCGAGGUUGCCUGUAAGCAACUGGGAUAUGAUAAAGGUUCAGCAUUACAAAUACAACUGGACAAUUAUAAACCAAGAUUUUAUAAAAAUAUGAAUUGUAGUGGAUCUGAGACGUCUUUAGAUGAGUGCAAUAAAGAAGUUGUUACUGGGUAUUGUUAUUAUACCUUUGAUGCUGGGGCUUAUUGUUCCAAUGGUAUUGAUGCUAACCAAUACAGUCUUGUUCAUGGGGAUGGGAUCCGGUAUGGGCGGUUGAUGGUUACCCGAGAAAAUGCAACGGGCUUCGUUUGCAGUCCCAACUAUAGUUUUGAUUACACAGAAUCUAAUAUAAUGUGUCGCCAAUUUGGAUUUACUGAAGGAGAAAGAUUAAACAUGCCUGUACUCGAACCAGGUUAUGGAACUGUAUUUUGGGAGACUGGCAUUGAUUGCUACAGUAAUGAACCUUCAAUCGAUGCUUGUCUACGAACAGAUUGGCAGAAAUACAAUUACCAGGGACCUUUUGAUGGAAAUACCUGUAGAUAUCACAUUCCUUCAAUGUUUUGUUAUGGUCAAGUCCGGCUUCACACCAAGUAUCUGAACACAACCGGAGCCGUUUUGGUUCGCCAUAAUCAAAAGUGGAUAGCUGUAUGUAACGAUGGCUUUGAUGAUAAAGCUGCCCAAGUUGUUUGUGGUGAAAUGGGAUUUGUAUCAGGGAUGGGUCAGGUUCUUCCCAACAACUCUUACGACAACUCUAUUGUUACUUCUAACUGGCAUCCUUCGGUAAUGGCUGUACGCUGUCUUGGUCAUGAAAGAUCUUUCAACGAAUGUUCGUACACUAUCGAUGAAUCUAGAAUGAACUGUUCAUCCACUAACUUUAUUUCUGUGUCAUGUGUCCCUCAUACAACAACAGCAUUGCCAAUUCCAACGACAACCCCAUCAUAUUUUUACACUUCACCAUCCUACUCAGUUCCUGUAGCAUCCACUAAUAACACAGCAUGGGAAAGAAGUCGUAUUGUGUCCGUCAAACAAAAUGGUAUGUGGGGCGGAGUGUGUAGUGAAGGAUGGGAUGACGUUGAUGCGUUGGUAUUCUGUAAAGACUUUGGUUAUGAAACGGGCAUGGCAUUACGCAUUUAUCGUGAUGAUUAUAGACCACUGUGGUUCUACAAUGUACGGUGUACUGGUUCAGAAGCAAGUUUCAUGGAUUGUCCCCAUGAUAUGCAGGACUCCGAAAAUGGCACCUGUCGAUAUUCAGGUCGUGCUGCUGCGUUUUGUUAUAACCAAGCAGAAUUAGCACAGUACAGGCUGACUGGAGCUUCAAAACCAAACAUGGGCAGAGUUGAAGUCUUCACGCAAAAUAAAUGGGCGUUGCUAUGCGAUUUGAAUGGGAUUUAUGGUGAUAAAGCUAAUAUUAUUUGUCAAACCAUGGGUUAUAAAUAUGGAGAACCCUACUAUAGUAAUAACUUAAAUAAUAUUACUGGAACGUACUGGAGGAAUUCAUUUUCGUGCGAAUACGGGAUGAGAAUACUGGAUGCAUGUGAAAACAAUGGCUGGACAUACCAGGACGGUUCUACGUACUCGGAAUGUUCCUACUCUCAACCAGCAUCUGUAUUCUGCUACGGUGAAGUUCGUCUAAGUACAAAGUAUGCUAAUUCAAGUGGUGCGGUGCUAGUCUUUGAUGGUGAUAAUAAUUACCGAUCGUUAUGUGCUGCUCAGUUUAAUGCCAAUACAGCUAAUGUGGUUUGUAAACAGCUUGGAUUCCCAUCAGGUGGACGACUACUACCCGGCAGCAGUUAUCAUACUUACAGUAUACCUUCAAACAUAUCGUAUUCUUGUACAGGAACAGAGAGUAGAUUAUCGGAUUGUCCAGUACAAAGUUCUGUAUGUCCUAGUAAUAACUCAUAUGCCAGUGUAGCGUGUAUUGACGACAACGCUGCACCAAUAUCAGGUAACGAUGGUGAUGCCAUAGUAGAUUCACAAGGACAAGUUUUAGUUUUGUAUCAUGGUAUUUGGGGUACGGUAUGUAGCUUAGAGUGGGGUGAUCAAGAUGCUAGCGUUGUCUGUAGGGAAGCAGGUCAUAUGUAUGGUAAAGCAUAUGAAAAAUAUGACUAUGAAGGUAAUUCGAGACCGGUAUGGAUCUAUGGAACCGAUUGUUCCGGAUCCGAAACCAAACUAAAGGACUGUCAGUUAAGAAAUAGCGACGAUGACAAUUCCACCUGCAGAUAUUCCGCAUCAGCGAUGGCUUAUUGUUAUAAUGAUACAAACAGUGUACAGUAUUCACUGGUAGGAACUGGAUCUAAUUAUGGUAUUGUACAAGUCACUAGAGAUGCUAGUACAAAUAACACAGCUUUGAUGAAAAAUCGUCGAGUAACAGUUAAGCAAAAUGGGAUGUGGGGAGGUAUCUGCUUUGAAGGAUGGGAUGACGUUGAUGCUACAGUAUUUUGUAAGGAAUUGGGCUAUGAGGCUGGUAACGAUGGUGAUGCCAUAGUAGAUUCACAAGGACAAGUUUUAGUUUUGUAUCAUGGUAUUUGGGGCACUGUAUGCAGCUCAGAUUGGGGUGAUCAAGAUGCUAACGUUGUCUGUAAGGAAGCAGGUCAUAUUUAUGUGGAUGGUCAAUAUUAUUAA